AUGUCUGAAUCGGUGGUAUUUGAAACCAGUCUUGGGGACAUUCAGCUAGAACUUUACUGGAACCAUGCUCCAAAAACGUGCAAAAACUUCGCGGAGCUGUCCAAACGAGGAUAUUACAAUGGAGUGAUUUUUCACCGAAUAAUAUCUGAUUUCAUGGUACAAGGUGGGGAUCCUACUGGGACUGGACGCGGUGGCACUAGUAUAUAUGGGCAAAAGUUCGAGGACGAAUUGCAUCCAGAACUUCGAUUCACAGGGGCAGGAAUCCUAGCGAUGGCCAAUUCUGGCCCAAACACAAACGGUUCGCAAUUCUUUUUGACUCUUGGUCCUACCCCAUAUCUAGAUGGAAAACACACAAUAUUCGGUCGGGUGAGCUCGGGAAUGAGAGUUGUACAACGACUAGGUGCGGUCGCCGUGGACGCUCAGGAUCGGCCAAAGGAAGACGUCAAAAUACACAAAUCAAGAGUUGUCUAA